CCGGGGCGGAGCGGAGCGGGCGGUGCCGCGCUGCCCGCACGGCGGCUCCGCGGGGCUCGGGGGCAGCGCCGAGCGGCCAGGCUGAGCUCGCCUGGGCUCGGCACGGCUCCGCCCGGCCCUGCUGGGCUCGCCUGGGCUCGGCACGGCUCCGCCCGGCCCGGCUCGGGCCGCCUGCAUGCGGCGGCGGCGGCGGCGGAGCUGCCGGGCGGGACGAGCGGCUCCUCGGCGGGGCUGCCGGCGGGGAUGAACGGCUCGCUGGGGGCUCCGGGAGGGAUGAACGGCUCGCUGGGGGCUCCGGCGGCGCUGAACGGCUCCUCGGCCGCGGGGCUGCUGGCGGGGGCGGCGGGCGCGGCGCUGGAGCUGGAGCUGGAGCGGGCGCUGCGCUGCUGCACCGCCGCCUCCGUGGUGACCGACGGCAGCGGCGCCGAGGGCGACGAGCGCAGCCUGUACAUCAUGCGGGUGGUGCAGAUCGCCGUCAUGUGCGUGCUGGCCCUCACCGUGGUGUUCGGCAUCUUCUUCCUCGGCUGCAACCUCCUCAUCAAGUCCGAGGGCAUGAUCAACUUUCUGGUCAAGGACCGCCGCCCGUCCAAGGAGGUGGAGGCGGUGGUGGUGGGGCCGUACUGACCGCAGCGCUGAGCCCGGGGCUGGCCGCCCGCACCCUCCCGGGCUCGGCUCCGAGCUCUUCUUCCCGAAAAAUCAGCAGGAGAAUGGACCCGGCGUGCCGGAGGGCGGGAGAUGCGCGGGGUGGCCGGAGCGGCCCAUCCCGGCCCAUCCCGGCCCAUCCCGGCCCGGUCCGGCCGCC